CGGUGGCAUCGAUCGGCAUCCGAAAGUUUGUUGUCUGAAAAUUGUGAAAAUUCAUUGAAUUUUUCGAGUGCUUAACAUCCAAAAAGUGUUUCUGUCGGAUCCUGGUGCGCGAAUAAAUCGUUGCAGUGCUUCGAACUAUCCCAUUCGCAACGGCAAAACUGCUAUUCUUUGUUUCCUUUUUCGACUUUUUCCCCUUUCGAGAGAAGUGCGAAAUAUGUGCGUUCCAUUGCGGCGGGUGUCGAAAAUAAGAUGUCUACACCUGUAAAGCGUAAAAUUACACUCGAGCUCAAUCCGAAUAAAAAAGUUCUUCCCAAGGAUCGCCCCAGCGUGUUCCAGCGGCUCGGAACCAAAAAAUUCCAAACAUCGGUCACUGGCGGAAGCGGUCCCGUAAAGCUACACCAGGAACAAGAUUCGACUGUCAACAAGGAAGAGAUCGUCAAGCGCAUUGUUGGCUGUGACGAUCCCGAACCGGUUCCACCUCCGAAAAUUGUACCGGAGAGUGUCUCGGCGCACGCCAGACUCAUUGAAGCGCAGCUUGCAGCCAAACUCGGCAAGGUUAUAGUUAGCAGAGGCGAAACUAUUGGCGCUGUUGUAGGCCCAUCGAACGUGGGUAACGUUUCCAACCGGAGCGAAGCGGAACGUGGUAGUGGUGGUGGUGGUGGUGGGGGUGGACACAGCGUUACGUCGACCAUAGAACGAGGUGGGCCUGGUGGUGGUAGUAGUUCCGCGCCAUCAGGUGGAGGCGGCGGAGGUGGUGGCUGGGAUCAAUCCAGUCUGGAGAAUGCUGAUCAGGACAUUCUAGAGCGCAAACGAAAAGAAUUACAGCACGAGCUGAAACUAGAGAUGGACGCCAGUGGAGGUGGAAGCAGUCAUCAUCACCACCAUCAUCAUUCUUCAUCGUCAAUGAUGAAGCAAAAAUCCGCUAAGGAGACGCUGGUAGUGAAGAAGAUUCGCAAGGUACCGGCACCACGUAGGUCUUCCUCUAGUUCGGAUAGUUCGAGCAGCAGUGGAUCGGAUUCAUCAGACUCGGAUUCAAGUUCUAGCUCGAGCAGUUCCAGCCGAGAUUCUAGAAGAGUGAAGAAACGAGCCGUUAGACAACGACGCGAUUCUAGCUCUAGCUCGGAUGGGGGCGGAGGCAAAAAAGUUGCCAAGAAGCAUGUCAAAAAGGUUUCUGCAGAUGGAACUAAGCGAAUUGUAACUAAGAAAAUCGGAGGUCAUUUAACUAAGAUUCGCGUCAAGAAAGUUACGAGUCCUGGUGGAACAACCAGUCACAUUCGUAAAGUUGCCAGGGAAGUUUCCCCUAGCGGAAAGACACCGACAAAAUACACCGUCAAAAAAGUGGUGGCUUUGAAGAAAGAAAAACAUGUUGCCGUUGUUGAUGCACGUGAACGUGUUCGCGAAAAGGAACGUGAAUUAGCUCUCCGGGAGAAGGAACGCGAAAGAGAGAAAGAACGUUUGCGUCUUCGCGAAAGAGAACGGGAACGGGAACACGUCAAGAGUCGCUCUCCAAGAGCGCACAUCCGAUCCCGUUCGCCACGGGCACGAAUAUCGCCGACUGUUGUACCGGUUUCUGCCCGCGGAAGAGAGAAGAAAAAAUCUCCUGAAGGAUCUAGAUAUAGAGAACCGGUUGCAGCCGUGGUUAGACGACCAGAGCGGUCCCCGGAACGCAUUGACGAUCGGCGAAGACAUGAAACGCUGAAAGACCGUGAACGUCGUGAAAGGCAGGAACGGGGAGAACUUGCCAGGACCAAGGAACGCGAAGAAGCGCUUGCUCGUUGUCAGGAGCGACAGCGUGAACGGGAACGCCUCGCCGCUGCUAAAGAGAGACCAGCUCCCCGACGCGAACGAGAAAAUCCUGUUGAUGGCGGUUUGGACAAACCCGAUCGCCAUCGGCCAGUUGAACGACUUUUGCCACGUCCAGCAGAACGUGCGCGAGCUUUGGCUGCUGCUAGAUCUCCUGGUAAAAUCGAUCACGACCGUAGCCGUACUCCUAACUCACCGAGAAGCCGUGAUCGGCUCGCUCCUCGGGAGCGAUCAUUUGACCGUGGUGUCGUGGAAAGAGGAUUUAUAGAACAUCAUGAUCGUCGUACUCGUUCCAGGGAACGAGAAUAUGUGGCUCCUAUUGUUAGAGGCGCAAGGAGCCGUGAUAGUCCAUAUGACCGUCAUGCAGCUGCCCCAGCUCGAGAUACCCGAGAGUACAGGGAACCUGAAGGCCGGCCCGCUUACGACAGAGAAAGAGGUCGCAGCCAAGACUAUGGUCGCACCGAAUACCCGGAUGAUCCUCCACCAAGACGAGAACUUGAUAGAGAAUGGGAACGGAACCGUGAACCAGAUCGUGCACCACCAGCGCCGCGUACGUAUGAAAGACGUGAAGAACACGGUCGAGAUUGGGAUCGUGAGCACUGUCGUCCACCACAUAGCCACAGCCAUGAACCUGAUUCUUAUCAAGGUCCGUCUAGGAACUGGGAUGAAUCACGCUGGAAAGAAGCUGAUGGUUGGGUUAACGAAAAGGAACGGAAUGAAUGGAAGUUCAAGGAGCGUGCAUGGGAACACGACGAUCAUCCAGCUGUGGGGCCGCCGACGCAUUCUCACAGUCAUAGUGGUGGUCGUCGAUGGCAACAUACACAUCCUGAGCCGAACCAAGGACCAAAUUGGCAUGGUAAACCAAAAGAAGAUAUGGAGUUUGGCCCACGCCACAAAUUGGCCGGAAGGCUCGGUGAUAGAGUCGGGAAUGACAACACAAUGUUCCGACGGCAGCACCAAGGCCAUCAGCCAAUGUUUCAACGCCACGGUCGUAAUGGACCCCCCGCAGGAAUAGCUCCAGGUCGUUUUGGAAAUCAGAAUAAGUAUAGCAUCAAUCGCACUCAGCAAAAUCUUGCAGCCCAACAUCAACAUCCACACCAACAUCCGCCACUCCAACAACGGCAGCAGCAAGAACAACAAACACAAGGAUCACAACCUAUUGGCCCAGGACCCUCUAAUCAGUUAAGUCAAUCAGGACCAGCCCAACCUGGUCCAUUAAUGAUCGACUCCAACGUACAACCACCGGUCUCAACGCCAACGACAACUUCUAAUGAACCUAAAGAUGAUCUUCCACCUCUAAUUCACCCGAUUCCUCAAGUAUCUGAAGGGAUUCCAGCUGUUAAACCCGUCGAGGAAUCACAAACUCAACAAAGUCCAUUAACUGUUGUUACCGUUACUACUGCUGCUCCUGUUGACAGUGCCACAUCUACUGGACCUGCCGAAAGCGUCGAAUCUACAGAUAAUGCAGCAAUACCCGACGCAGUGGAACAAGGUACGGUGGCCAACGCAGCUGCCACGACAGAGAAACCUCCCGAGCCGGUUGCUGCUCCUCCUGAGCCCAUGGAUGAGGACAAUCUCAGCGAAAUCAGCGACGAUCCGGAUGAUAUUUUGACUAGAGAAGAAGAUGAUGAUUUCACCGAUUCCUUACUGGCUGCCGGAGAGGCUAGUGAUCAGCCUAAUACGGCCAAACUCUCGGGAUCUGCACCAGUCGUUCUCAAUUCGUCCUCUAUGAUGAUUCCAUCGCAAGUGAUUCAAAAUCAUUCACAACAGUCUCAACCACAACAACAACAACAACAACAACAGCAGCAAAAUCAACAGCAACCCUCCGGCAUAAAGCGUCCUUUUUUAUCUAAAGCUCGCUACAAAUCCUACGAUGGGUGUAUCGGGGGAUCAAUCCAAGAUCUCUACGCGAAUAUCGAUGACGUUGGGACGUCGUUUCGAACCGGCCCCGGAGAAAUUACAAAUCAACUGAAUGAUUCAACCGGUGGAGCCGAUGGUAAACCAUCGACCGGUGAUUCCAACAUUCAAGACUCGAACAACCCGAUGAAUGUUGGCUUCGAUGCGCUGCAGCCUAACAUGGCACAACAUCAGCAACAAGCAGGCAGCUCGGAUGCAUCCGGGAAUGCCGCAGCUUUCAGUGCCCUAGAAGUGAAAGAUCCAAAAGAAGCUGGCAAGCUGCACGCCAACAAGGAACUGAAGGAAGAAAUGGAUCUCGAUUUUGAAGAAAUCUCCGACGGCGAAUUGGAGGAGGAGAAUAAAUUCAAAGGACUGGGCGAUGCACUCGGUGUAGAUUGGGCCAGCUUGGCACAGGAAACCCGUGCCAAGUUGAAACCGGAGCAAACCAUUCCAGUUUCGGCCCGUAAUCGUUGGAAGGCACAUCACAUUCUCUUGGACAUUGGUAUCUCGGUGCGGUUAGCCGGUGAGGCUUAUGCUCAGCGUGUACUCACGGAAUCUAAGGAAAAACUACGGGAAGAGAUAGAGGAAUUCAAGGCAGCUGCCGAGCAGCAGAAAGUUGCUGCUGUUAAAAAAGAGGAAGAAGAACAACUCUUCAAUGGAGUGAAAAUAAAGAAGGAAAUUCUCGAUGAAGAAGAACGGAAGGAACAGCAAACGGAUGAAUCUGCCGUUAAAAAAGAAGACUCGAAUGAGAAUAACGAAGUUUCCGAGCAGGAAGCCAAUCUGGCCGAUAUAGACAAAAUUCUCCAUCCGGUAGCAUCGGUGCAUGUGGCUAUGCGGGAACGUGCUCGUGCAAGACGUAACCUCAUACUUUGCGCUGCCGGACCCCAUAGUCGUGCGCUAAGUGCCCGACGUGAUUUGGAAAUUCGCCGCCAGUUGUGUGGUUUUCCUCCACAGGAAUGUAACGAACGCAUUACAGAACACCAGUCAACCCCUACCAAUCCAGAGCUACACGAAACGGUAAUGAAACUGUACCAGGCAACCAUGCAGCAGAAAAAAAUCGAAGUGCAGUAAA